AUGGGGCGAAGGCCCGUGCUCCUGGCAAUCCUCAUCCACAAGUACCUUGUUGCAGGUGCCGGCAAUGUGGGCUGCACAACGAUAACGGGUUCAAGUGGGCCCCGCUACAGGUGGGCAAUGCAGAACCCGUCUUUGGUCGCGCCUGUCUUCCUGGAUUAUGAAAUCCAUGAGUACAAAAGUCCAUUGAUGGCAUCCUUGAAUGAUGGCGCGUUGGUGAUUUCUGCCCCGGUGGAUAUGACGGCUAAUUUCAAUUUCAGCGAUGGCACCAAUGAUCCGCAGAAGUACUUGCUGCAGAGCAUCCAGUUGCGAAAGCCUGCCAUGGUUGCAGAAGGAACCAAGCAGGAGCUGAGUCACGAGUUGGAGGUAGUUCUGGUGCAUCGCGAGGUGACAGGGACAGGCUACUUUGCCAAUGUGAUCGUUCCUGUGGAAGUCAGUGCUGAGCCAGGACUUGAUCUUUUGGCCCCGCUGGUAAACCAAGCAGAGUUGCCUACCCAGGUUGGCGAGACUCAGCCAGUGCUCGUUUCAAAUUUGCUGCCCUUGAAGCUGGAGCACGUCUACCAGGGAGUGUCCUUCCAACAUUUCUGGGGUCAAAUUGCAACUUCCUGCAAUCAGACUAUGGCUGGCUCUCGGAUUUUGAUGCGAAACGCUACCAUGGCCACAUCCAAGCCGAUCCUGCAAAAAAUUCUGACGUCCCUCGAGUGGACACCCAGCGUGGUUCCUGUCAUCCCGCCCUCUCAAACAUGGAUGGUGCAGCCAUGCCCGCGAGGAGGCACUUGUACCAUUCCUGCAGCCACGAACCUGACAUCACAGCUGUCCGAAGCAACGCUGGUACUCCAGCAAGAUACCACGAAGCUGGAAGCAGCCAAGCAGGCAAUGGAUGCAUCGCUUGUGGCAUUGACAUCAAACACAUCCAACGUGAGUAAUGAUGCCUACAAUCAAGCCAAACGGCACAGAGACGACCUUCGAAAUGCGGAAGCUGCAGUGGAUGGCGCUACCCGCACCGUUGAAACCUUGCAGACCCAGAUCAGCAGCGCAAAGUCCGCAGUCUGGGAUUCAGAUGCGCCUGCCCAGGCAAACCAAGCAUCGACCACCAGCACUGCAAGCCUGGUGACAAACACGACCACCACAACCAGUGUCAGCCCAGCAGUUGCGGCUACUCCGAGUUUUCUGGAGAGCAAGUCACAAGCUUGCAGUACAGACAAUGUGGCCGCUCCCUUGGAGGUUGAACUGAACCAGGUGGAGCAUGUGGAUGCAGCGACUUCGGGAGCUUCAGAAGCUCUUUUGUUUUGGCGGCUUUCCUCCACACCCCUUCGCCCUGCAGAAGCGGCUGCAGCCGAGACGUCAGCCGAAGCGCCACGCCUACGUGUCGCAAAUUUGGGUGACAGACUCCGAAUUUCAGCUGCCAAGCCGAUCAUGGUGUUGCUAGUUCACGGAAAGGAGUUGCCAAUCAGUUUUGCUGACAUCAGCAUUCCCGGUGAGCAUAGUCUCUCUGGUCGCCGGGCAGACGCCGAGAUUCAGCUAGUGCAUCUUCCGGCAGAUCCUGCGCAAUCUUUGGCAGUGGCGUUGCUGCUAGAUGCUGGUGAUGGCGACAAUGUUUGGCUGCAACAUGUCACUGCUCUUCCUCGGGCUGGAGAGAUUGCGGAAGUUCAGGGAUCUGAUCCAAUGUUGAUGCACCCUGCUUUCUCGCGGGGCGUUGCCGGACAUUACUAUCGCUACAAUGGUCGUUUGCUCAAAUCUCAGUGUGCGCGAGUAAGGUGGCAUGUGUUGGAGGAGCGUGGCCACAUCAGCAGUCAGCAGCUGCUGGCCCUGAGAGAAGUGCUACGGCCGCCAGCGUCCGCCAACAGCUUUUCCGAUCCAUCGGCUCUCCUUCCGAUCGUUCUACCGCGCCACAGUAAAGUCUCCUUGGCCUCUGUGCGGCAGGUCACUCAAACGCUUCCCGUGGCUUCUGUUACAGAUAGCAACCGGGAGCCGCCUGAGCCGCCAGCUCCACACUUAAAAUCCUUAUUGCUAUCCCUUCCACGACGGAAGCGUGGGACAGAGCUGUCCCCCUGA